AUAACGUCGUUGAUCGUUACAACGUUUCUAACUCUUUACAAAUCCACUCGUUUAUUUUCAUUUGUUACCUCUCUAAAAUAUAUAUCUGUGAUAAAUAUUUUCGUAUAAAGAUUUGUUUAGUCCUAAACAUACCGUUGCUGUCGCGGUUGCAUAGUGAUCAAGCCAAAGUUGUACAUGGCCAAUGUGAACCAAUUGCAGCGCUAUUGACAGCAGACUUACGUGCGGAUUUUCUUUUGGGCCAGUGAAAAAAUCAAAGGUGACACGUCGCAACUGGAGCACUAGGAGCCCACCAACAACGAAACACCGCCGGCCAAACGAGGGUACUACUCAUCCGGAAACGAAACCAUCGACUUGCAGCUCACACAAGGGCAAGCAAAAGUGCACACGCACACAUCUUUCCGUUCCUCACACACGCACACGCACACAUCAGCAUAAGAAAACCCACACACAGACGUCACGAUGAUUGCGCCGCGACGUCUGCGAAAAGAAUUGUGCGAUUUGCAGGGCAACGCACUGAAGACCUUCCGGGACAUUAAGGCGGAGGAUGACAACCUGAUGCGCUGGACGGGAUUGAUUGUGCCGGACAAUCCGCCGUACAACAAGGGCGCCUUCCGCAUCGAGAUCAACUUCCCGGCGGAGUACCCCUUCAAGCCGCCAAAGAUUAACUUCAAGACACGCAUCUACCAUCCGAACAUCGAUGAGAAGGGUCAGGUGUGCUUGGCCAUUAUCAGUUCGGUGAACUGGAAACCGGUCACACGCACCGUCCAGGUCGUCCAGGCACUGCUGGACUUAAUCAACGAGCCUGAGCCGGAGCAUCCGCUGCGGGUGGACUUGGCCAAGGAGUUUCUUAAGGACCGCGAAGAAUUCGUGAAAAACGCCGAGGACUAUACCGAGAAGCACAGCGAAAAACGUCCGACCGACUAGAGGAUAGACGGAGGUAGAGCUGGAGGAGGUGCGCCAAUCCACAACCCAUGUGUACCCUUACCCCUUCAUUUUCAUUUUUGAUCCCUGAAAAACUAUCCCCAGAAAACAUUCAAGCAAACAUUUCCCCGGCAGAGUACCCCGUUUUGUAAAAGAAGCACUUUAAAUCGACCCAA